UGAAAAUAAUUGUAAUAAAAUAAUUCGAAUUUUGGGGAAAACAAUCAGCACAAGAAAGCCUAGUUUUCAACUUCCAAGGAUCGAGAGCUCGAGAUUAUCACUGGCAUCAUCAUCGUUUGAUUGCAUAAUUGUUUGAGAAACCAAUCACCAAAUUGAGAUGUCGUGCCUGGCAUCGUGCUGUGCGUCUCUGACGUGUGGAUUGUGCACAUCGGUGGCGUCUGGCAUCACUAAGCGCUCCGCGAGAUUUGCCUACUGCGGCUUGUUUGGUGUUUCCUUGAUUGUUUCUUGGAUCCUCAGAGAAGUCGGCGCACCUCUCCUCAAACAAUUCUCCUGGAUAAAUACUUCCGAUGACCUUACAGACCAAUGGUUCCAAAUACAGGGAGUUCUUCGUGUUAGCAUGGCGAAUUUCUUGUUCUUUGGAACAUUAGCUCUCAUUAUGAUUGGUGUGAAGGAUCAGAAUGACAGGCGCGAUGCCUGGCAUCAUGGUGGAUGGAUUGCUAAGAUGAUAAUUUGGGCUUUGCUCACCAUCCUCAUGUUCUUCGUUCCCAAUGUUGUUAUAGACGUAUAUGGAGUGAUUUCAAAGUUUGGGGCCGGGUGCUUCUUAUUGGUCCAGGUUUUGAUAUUGUUAGACGCCACACAUUCGUGGAACGAUUCAUGGGUUGCUAAAGAUGAGCAGAAGUGGUACAUUGCCUUGCUCGUCGUGUCAGUGGCGUGCUACCUUGGAGCAUUUACAUUUACGGGGAUUCUAUUCAUCUGGUUCAAUCCUUCCGGGAACGACUGCGGCCUCAACAUCUUCUUCCUAGUCACGAACUUCAUUCUUGCUUUUGCUUUCGCUAUCAUCGCUCUGCAUCCAAAGGUUAAUGGCAGCCUCUUGCCUGCUUCUGUGAUCUCUCUCUACUGUGCUUAUGUGUGCUAUACCGGUCUCUCUAGUGAACCUCGAGACUAUGCCUGCAACGGUCUUCACAAGUCGACAGCCGUCUCCACGAGCACCCUCGUACUAGGGAUGCUCACAACAGUGCUGUCCGUCCUAUAUUCUGCUCUCCGUGCUGGAUCAUCGACCACUUUCUUAUCAUCCCCUCCAUCUUCGCCUCGAGCAGGUGAGAAAAAGCCUCUUCUCGAGUCGGGGGAUGUGGAGUCCGGGGGUGCAGAAGCGCGACCGGUUAGUUACUCGUACUUUUUCUUCCAUGUUAUAUUUGCGCUGGCUAGCAUGUACUCGGCCAUGCUUCUGUCGGGAUGGACCAGCGACUCUGAGAACUCCGAUCUCAUUGAUGUGGGUUGGACGUCGGUUUGGGUCCGAAUCUGCACGGAGUGGAUCACGGCUGGCUUGUACAUUUGGUCCCUUGUCGCUCCUAUAAUCUUUCCUGAUCGGGAGUUCUACUAGACCAACUGCUACAUUACACGUGACAUGUAUUGAUGGUGUUGUUGUAAUUACUCAACUUUGGAGUCGAAUCAGACUUAUAUAUGUAUUAUGUUAGUAUAUAAAUUAUAAAAUGUUACAGACUUGGAAUUGGAUAUGUAGUAGUACUACUAGUGUUUGUGCCUGGGCAUCACAAGAACCUUUUUUAUGGUUAUUGUAUAAAAUAUAAUAACAGUGAAAUUAUUGAUGUGUA